AGCCGCCGAGCCAGUUCCGAGCGCUCAGUCCCGCCGGGCUGCUGCUGCGGGGAGCCGCCCGCCGCGGGGGACCGCUCGCUGCACCGCACGGUCAGCUCGGGCUGCGGGCAGCAGUGCCAGAGCGGGGGCGGCUCCUUGGCUGGACUGUGGGGCUCCUGGCCGUGCCCGAAGCCCUUCACCUCCUACCUUCAAGCUCAGGAAGGAGGCGGAUUUUCUUCAGCUUGGCUCCGCUGCCCCCCAGAGAUGGUGGGCCACCUGCACCUGCAAGGAAUGGAAGAGAGUCUGAAAGAGAAGAGCCGGGAGGGCCUGCUGGACAGUCCGGAUUCUGGGCUGCCUCCCAGCCCUAGCCCCCCUUUCUACACCCUGGCUCCCGGGAUCAUUGGGGGCAGCAGCACGGGGACGGAUCACCCAGGACAUGGGCCCAGAAAGGAAGCCAAGGAAGGCAAAGUGAUGCCUUACCUUCUUGUGAACUCUUCUGUGCCAGAGAUGAGGCCUCGAAUGUUCCCGGUGUUCUUUGGCGAAAGCAUUGAGGUCAACCCUGAACCUGUGCAGGAAAUUAGAUGCAACUCGGAGGUGAAAUAUGACUCAGAGAAACACUACAGGGACGACAUCUUCUACGGACCCAUCCCCACCAUAACUGCCUACAGCGAGACGGUCAUCGCCACGCCAAACUGCACCUGGAGGAACUACAAGUCGCAGCUGAUCUUCGAGCCCCGACAGAAGCCCCUGCGGUUCCAGAGCACAACCAUCAUCUUCCCCAAACGCACCAAGAACAUUUACCGAACCACCCUCACCUACAGCCUGGGCUGUGCCAAGCGCUGGUUCGCAUCCAGCGUGCAGCUGGAGCUGUGCGAAGAAACCAGCCCCUGCGUCAUCUACAGCGAGACCCUUUCGUCCGCCCGUGGGGGGCUCUGACGACCACAAGGCCGCGUCCUUCGCUGGCCUCUCCGGACAGACAGAUUUGGCCAGGUGCCUUCAUUGAUGGCAACGGGCCCUUGACUACUAGCGGCUGGGCGUGCGUGGUCUUAGACGCAUCUGAACUGCUCCAAGAGGAGGCCUAGAGGGGUCGUACUCUUUAUGGAUUUGGUCAGCACAAGGCUGGCGUGUGUUGUGGGACAUUUUUGAUGUUCACGCUCUGGAUUUUUAUUUUAUUUUUUGACACAUCUCUAUUUUAAAUAGCAUUUCAAUGAAAUCAGACAGCAAAGGCCCUAGGUUUGCAGUUACCAUAUGUUAUAGUGCUGCUUCCCAGCUCCGUGGGUCUUCUCUAGCACGUAGGCACGACUUAGCAGUGCCUUGGAAGCUGAUCCUGUCUGAUCGGAGAAGACCAGCUGCAGACUCACCAUCCAACCUGCACAGCUGCUAUCUGCCUGCUUCUCCUAGUGUUUAAACACAGAGAAGAUACUUGUUAUUUUUAAUUGCAUAAAACAUCGAUCCCACUCCGAAUCCGCAUCUGGAGGACUGCUCCAGGAUUGCAUUGCAGCACCACAGUGACCUCCGAUUUAACUUUUUUUUUUUAAAAAAAUUGUCACCAAAACAGGGAAGACAAUCGAUCGUGUUGACAGGGCACCAGCCUUUCCAGAAUAGGCAAGUGCCAAACUCUCAUUCGAGACCCUUCUGAGGAGCCAGAUGUUUACAUGCCAUAGCGGGAUACCGUGCAAGGGGCUUCUAGGGGAGCCGAGAAUGGAAUGCUUCAGGGGAGAUUUGCAUUCUAAGGAGGAUGCAAGCCAGGGAAAAUGGCAGAAAGCUUAGCUAACAGGGAUAAAACACACAGAGAGGACAGAUCUAAUUCAGGAUUAACCUGAUUUUAUGCAAAGGCAGCUUACGACAAUCAGGUUAACUAGGUGUAGGAGAAUAUGCUUUCAAGGGCAAUUCCUUGAGGACCAAAAGUCUUUUCUGUUAUAUGAGAUGAUAAAGACCCUAGCAGGAGCAGAAUUUUAAACUCCGAGUUGAAGACUGUCAACAGGACAGAUGUUUCCAAAAUUCAGCAGAAUGGGGCCGAGGCUCAUCGCCAGCCUGCUGAGUCCGGUAAUAGUGCACAAUAGUAAUAAUUCAUCCAAGGACAAUGAAAGGAACCGCCUAUUCCUACCCUCUGUUCCUCCCCCAAGCUGGUUACUUCCCAUGCAGCUGUAAAAACACGGAGGUGGGCAGCCUUCAGAAGGUGCCAGCA